CGAUUCGUAACUCGGAAGUACAUAGUUAUUUUUGCUUGUUUUGUAGCGGUAUGGAUAUCUAAAGCAACACAGCUAGCUUAUCAAUUUGAAUUGUCUAAACAUGUCUCAAAUACGGUUGUUGAGGGUUUUUCUCAACGAGAGAUUAACAGCUGCUGCUGAGGAGAUAUUCGGGGUCGUUGAAAAAACGGUAGCAGAGUAUCAGGAGGAAGUUGUCCGUCUACAGAGGCUGCUCGACAUUGUUCUUCAACCUGAGAUUAACAUGCCCAGAGCAGACCUCCAGCAGCGUACUCUUUCUUUCUCUGAAGAGGUUCCCCCUGAGCAACAGCAGUGUGAGCAGGAGUGGAGCCCCAGUCUGGGACAGGAGGACCUAGAGCCCACACAGAUUAAAGAAGAGCAGGAGGACCUCCGGAGCCGUCAGGAGGAAGAGCAGAUUCAAGGGCUUGAGGCAGAUGCCAUAGAAUUCAUAUUCAAUCCUGUCUGUGUGAAAAGUGAUCGUGAUGAAGACCCAACUCAGCCCUCACAUCUCUAUCAAGCCCAAAACGAGAGAAACAGAGAGAGAGACACUCUACCCAGUACUACAACUGAAAAUAUCAAAACAGAACCUGAUGGAGAGGACUAUAGGGAAUCAGAACCAACCAGUGUCUCUCAGCCUUUCUUUAGUGUAAAUCCAGACUGUUCUGCAGCUCAGAGUGAAAACAGUCAAAGUGUCAGUGGUAUGGAGACUGGAGAACCUCCUUCAGGUUUUAAGUCAGUCAAAUCAAAAAUAAAGAUGAUAAAAGGACAAAUGUCCCACAUCAAAACUAAGGGUAGGAAAUCUACACAGUUGUCCCUCCUGAAAUCACCCAGUCAAAGUCAUGCUACUCCUUGUUGUUGUAAGGUGUGUGGCAAGUCUUUUCAUCACAUGGGUACAUUAAUUAAACACGUGCAAAUUCAUACAAAGGAUGAAGAAGGUAUUUGUGGUGUGUGUGGAAAAUGUUUUCAGUCUACAGAAAGUAUGAAAGAUCACUUCCAAACUCACAUUGCAGAUAGGUUUUGUUGUCAUGUUUGUGGUAAAGGUUUCACCUUAAACAGUAAUCUAAAAAGACACAUGAGGAGCCACACAAGAGAGAAACCAUAUGGCUGUCAUUAUUGUGGCCAAGGAUUCAGCACUGGCAGCACUCUAAAUAGACACAUUAGGAUCCACACAGGGGAGAAGCCAUUUUGCUGCCCUGAUUGUGGCAAAUCAUUCACUCAGAGUGGACAUCUAAAAAUACACAUGAGGACCCACACAGGGGAGAAACCACAUAGCUGCCCUGAUUGUGGCAAAGGAUUCAGCAUUGCCAGUAAUCUGUCAGUGCACAUGAAGAUCCACACAGGAGAGAAAAGACAAAAGGAUUCAGCACUGGCACCAAUCUGAAAGUGCACAUGAUAACUCAGGGGAGAGACCAUACUGAUGUCCUCAUAGUAGAAAUGUAUUUCCCAAUCAGGUACAUUAAAUAACAGAAACACCAAGGAAGCACUUUAAAUGUGUGGAACUGGCAGUAUUUUUCUAAAUUAUAGAACUCUGAUAAAGUAACACGAAGAACAAUUACAAGAGGGAGAAAACAUGAGUGUGCUGUUUGGGGAGAGGUCUGGAGACAGAAGAUUGAGAGGCACAAAAAAGUGUUCAUACCCCUUGACUUAUUCAACAUUUUGUUGUGUUAUAGCCUGAAUUUACAGUGACGUAAAUAAAUGUAAAAAUGAAUUAUGAGCUUAUAUGGUAUUAAAAUUAAGGGACAUCACCCUGGGUGAGGUGAACCUCAGUUGGGGAUAAAAAGGGAAAACACCAUCUAUUGAACUAAGUGUGUUACUGGCAAAUUACUGUAAGUGUAUACUCCAGGUUGCAAUCCUUAUUAAACAAACUAACCUCUGAUCAAGGAAGUUUCCCGUGGUCUCUUGUAUGAACAUAGGGCAGAAUUCCCUUGCAUUUCCAUCUGGUCACUCUCCCAUAAAGCCCAGAUUGGUGAGGUGCCAUAGAGACUGUUAUCCUUCUUGCAGGUUCUCCCAUCUCAGCCAAGGAACUCCGUAGUUCUGUCAGAGUGGUCAUUGGGUUCUUGGUCUCCUGCCUGAUCAAGGUCCUUCUUGCCCGGUUGCUCAGUUUGGUCGGACGGCCAGCUCUAGCCAAAGUCAGGGUAGUUCCAUAUUUUUUCAGUUUCCCAAUGAUUGAGACCACUGUGCUCAAUCAAACAUUCAACACACUAUAAAUAGUUUUAUACCCUUCCCCAGAUAUGUCUCAUCACAGUCCUGGAGCUCUACGGACAAUUCCUUGGACUUCAUGGUAUAGUUUCUGCUCUGACAUGUACUGUCAACUGUAGGACCUUAUAUAGACAGGUGUGUUUCUUUCUAAAUCAUCUCCAAACUAUUGAAUUGGCCACAGGUGGACUCCAAUCAAGUUGUAGCGACAUCUCAAAGAUGAUCAAAGGAAAUUAGAUGCACCUGAGCUCAAUUUUGAAUGUCAUAGCAAAGAGGUGUGAAUACUUUUGUAAAUUAGUUAUGGGUGUUUCAUUUUCAGUAAAAAAAAAAUGUUUUUCUAAAAACAUGUUUUCACUUUGUCGUAAGAGGGUAUUGUGUGUAGAUAGGUGAGAAUGAUUUAUUUAAUCAAAUUUGAAUUCAGGCUGUAACACAACACACUGUGGUAUAAGUCAAGGGGUAUGAAUACUUUCUGAAGGCAUUGUAUAUUCCACUCUUAGGUGAAUAAAAUGUGACUGAAUUACAACUUCAACAUAAGAACAAUACAUCACCCGAAGCAGCCACCACUGUCUAACAGAGAGCAGUCUGGAUUUCUGAGCAACAGUAGUCCCUGGUCAUUAGUUAUAGGAUGACAGAAAGACAUUUGAAACUAUGUCCUCCAUCUCUACAUAAAAUAUGGUUUUGUCAAUAUGUUGAAAUUUGCCACAUUACAUCUGUUAUGAAGUUGUUAAAGGGCAAUUCCAUGGUAACUAUGCACAAGGACCACCUUUUAACAAUUUCCACAGAGGAUUUUACAAAAACACAUUUACAGAAAGAACUGUGCAGAUCCAAAGUGUGGUAACAGAAUAAAACUGAGUUUUAUACUGUAAUUCUGUUACCAAGUUUUUCCAGUAAAUGUGUUUUUAUUUCAUUUACUCUGUAAAUUGUUCAAAGUAGUCAUUGUGUAUAUAGUUGUAUGGUUUGUUAAACUUAGGAAAUCAAUGGUUUUGGUUUGGCACACAUUUCUAAAUGAAAAAAUCAGAAUCUCAGCGUAAUUCCAUUACCAUGGAAUUGCCCUAUAAAGUAGUUUUCGCAAUAUCAAUUACUUUUUAUAUCAGUUAGGAGCUGAAAUAAUCCUACCAUUAUUAUUACUUCUGAGCUUGAUGCCAAUAUCCACUCUGAGGGGAAAAUACAUUUUUAUUUUGUUUUCCAUGUUUUGAAAAGCAUUAAGAAAAUUGUUGUGCUAUGCUCAAGUGGACCCAUUCAUAUACUGUAAAUGAACCUUCUGAAACAUGUGUUUUUUUAAUAUUCUAGGGAUUGUACAUUUUAUCUGCCUUUGUAUAACAGAAUAAAUGUUGAUAACACAUGUU